AUGUCGCUUUCGUUUGCUGGGCUAUUCAAAGAACUCUACGGGCUCUACAAACAGUCCAUCGUUGGAGACAUCAACAUUGCGUGUCCAGCAAUGUUAGAUUUGAAGGGCAAGGCCAAGUGGGAAGCAUGGAGCCUCCAGAAAGGGUUGUCGAAGGAAGAUGCCAUGAGUGCCUACAUUUCUAAAGCAAGAGAGCUGAUUGAGAAAUAUGGGAUUUAGAAUUUGACAGGGGAGACAGAUCUCCUUUGGAAGCCUUCAUACAGCAUCAUGACGCUUAGGGGGAAAUGCAUUAGUAACUCUAAAAAUCAUGUGUAUUUUUCCUAUUAGCACGAAUUUUAAUACUUAGGACUGUGUCAACAUAGUUACCUAGUUUUACUUGCUUGUGCAAGGUGACUUUUUAAAAUUCCUUUUCAAAAAUUGUUUUGUAGUAUGCAUAUAAAC